AAUGCACGAACGAAAUGAUCUGUCAUUUCCCCAGUUAUUAGAAUCAAUUAAAUAACAUGGCAGCAGGAACCACAUUACAGAAGGCAAUUGAAUUAGUUACCAAAGCCACCGAGGAAGACAGGAAUAAGAAUUAUGAAGAGGCCUUGCGUUUGUACGAACACGGUGUAGAGUACUUCCUUCAUGCCAUUAAAUAUGAAGCCCAAGGAGAAAAAGCGAAAGAAAGCAUCCGAGCCAAAUGUGUACAGUACCUUGAAAGAGCCGAAAAAAUUAAGGAAUCUAUCAAGAAGGGAAAGAAAAAGCCUGUAUUAGACGGAGGUUCAUCCAAGGAUGACAAAAAGAGUGAUAGUGAUGAAGACGAGGAUGAUCCAGAUAAGAAAAAGUUACAAAGUAAAUUGGAAGGUGCGAUUGUUGUAGAAAAACCUCAUGUCAAAUGGAGUGACGUUGCUGGACUAGAUGCCGCUAAGGAGGCACUCAAAGAAGCUGUGAUUUUGCCCAUAAGAUUCCCUCAUUUAUUUAGUGGGAAGAGGGUUCCUUGGAAAGGGAUUCUUUUAUUUGGGCCUCCUGGUACCGGUAAAUCGUAUUUGGCGAAAGCCGUGGCAACAGAGGCUAACAACUCGACGUUCUUCUCCGUUUCUUCUUCCGAUUUGGUUUCAAAAUGGUUGGGGGAGUCUGAAAAACUAGUGAGGAAUCUGUUUGAACUCGCUCGAACACAUAAACCUAGUAUUAUAUUCAUAGACGAAAUCGAUUCUCUUUGCUCUUCCCGUUCAGAUAAUGAGUCAGAAUCUGCCAGAAGGAUCAAAACGGAAUUCUUGGUACAGAUGCAAGGAGUGGGUCAUGACACCGAAGGUAUCCUAGUCUUGGGUGCCACGAACAUCCCCUGGGUAUUGGACGCCGCCAUCCGCAGAAGAUUCGAGAAACGCAUCUACAUCCCCCUUCCAGAGGAGCCCGCCAGGGCCGUCAUGUUCAAGCUGCAUUUAGGCAAUACCCGUACCGAACUCACCGAGGACGACAUCAAAGAACUGGGCAAGAGAACCGAAGGAUAUUCCGGUGCUGAUAUAAGCAUCGUCGUCAGGGACGCCUUAAUGCAACCGGUCCGUAAAGUGCAAACUGCCACGCAUUUCAAGAAGAUCCGAGGGCCGAGUCCCAAGGACCCCAACGUCAUUGUCGACGAUCUCCUCACCCCGUGUUCUCCGGGUGAUGCGGGAGCUAUAGAAAUGUCUUGGAUGGAAGUGGAGGGCGAGAAGUUGGCCGAACCACCAGUGACUUUGAACGAUAUGUUGAGGUCCCUAGCCACAUCCAAACCGACGGUAAACGACGAAGAUUUGACCAAAUUAGAGAAAUUCAAGGAGGACUUUGGUCAAGAAGGUUAGAUCGUAAAACGUCGAUUUCUGUAAUAUAAUUGUUCUUCACUGCAAAGGUAAACUUAAAAAUUUCACAAGCGGAUCGCUAUUGUAAAAAUUCUUGCAACAAUGUUUAGAGAAAAAUUCAUAUUGUUUAAUUAGACGAGUAAGUGUCGCUUUAUUUUUUUAAUAAUAAA